CCGUUGCUCUCCCAGCCACUCAGGGUCCUUUGCGCGCACCACGUUCUUCCUCCUCGCCUUCUUGCUGGCGCUCGUCAACCACCGACCACAACGGGUUCCGAGCUUCAUCGACGUCAUCAGGCGCAACAUUCUCAACCUCCCAUCGAUUUUAUCUUCAGCCCUGCAGAAAUAAGCCUGCGCAAUAAAAAGCUUAAGUAGUCUUCCAAGGAAGAUCUUUCUCGGCCAACUCACUCGCGACCAAUUCUUCCUCUUCUUUGGCAGGUGGAAUUCGAGGACUUCCGGCACAGUCGCAAUGGACGAAGAUUCGAUCAGAGAUUAUGGCGCUGCCGCGCCCCAUGGUCCUAAUAUGCCCGGCCAUCAUGCCCAUCCUAUGGAUAUCCGACAUGAUAUGAGCGCCAACGAGGCUAGUGUCUUCCACAGCAUUCUUCAUCCGGAUGAUAUCUACGACGAGAAUGGCACCUACUGGGCUGACCUCCCAGUGGGAAAGCGCCUCAAAUUCGUUACUAGCGUCGACGCUCAAGAGGCCAAGGACGAGGCCAAAUCGAUCUGGGUGAUGUUCAAGAAUGAUCCUCUCAGCCCCGUCGGUUACUACCUGAAGAACAUGGUGGUUCCUGGUGCUGGUCUUCUUCUCGAAGGUUACGUGCUUUUCUCCAUCGGCAAUAUUCGACCUCUGCUGCAGGCUGCUUUCCCAAGCUGCUGGAAGACUCACGAAACCUGUGAUGAGACCUGGACCCAGGCCAUCGACUACCUCGAGAUCGUGGGUAUCAUUGUCGGUCAAAUUCUCGUUGGUGUCAUCGGUGACUGGCUUGGUCGACGCUGGGGUUUGAUCCAGGACGCAGUCAUCAUGUUUGUCGGUUUGCUCAUGCUCACUGCCGCUUGGGGUGUCACCCAGAACGGCUGGGUCAUUUGCUACGUCUGGUCUCUCUUCUUCUACGGCAUUGGUGUCGGAGGAGAAUAUCCCAUGACAGCCACCUCUGGUAUGGAGAACGCCGUCGGCUCCGGAAAGGUUUCUACCAAGGACGAUCGUCUCCACCGUGGCCGCAAGGUCACCAGUGCCUUCUUGAUGCAGGGUUGGGGUCAGUUUAUCAACCAGGUUCUCCUCAUCGUGCUGCUUCUCAUCUUCCACCAUGGAAGCGGAAACCCACCCUACUCCAAGGUCGCCGCUCAGUGGACCUACCGUAUCAGUUUCGCCGUUCCCGCCGUCGGCACCCUCUGGCUCGUCUACUUCCGUUACUACAAGAUGCAAUCUGCUAGCAAGCAGCUCAUGAUUUCGAAGAAGCAGUCCAAGGUCACCGGAUACGACACCAAAUCUCUUAAGCUUACCCUCACUUACUUCGGCCCACGCCUUCUGGCCACGGCUGGUGCCUGGUUCGCCAACGACGUCUUCUUCUACGGCAACAAGCUUUUCCAGAACCAGUUCAUUGCCGUUCUCACCCCCAACAACAAGUCCGUUAUGGUCGGCUGGUUGUACAACCUCAUCAACGUCGGUGUCUCCCUCGUCGGAUACUACCUAGCAUCCUUCCUCAUCGACAACAAACUGUACGGACGCAAGUGGAUGAUGAUUGUCGGCUUCAUGGCCGAUUUCGUUCUUUUCGUCGUGCCUGCCUUCGCUUACAAGUUCUUUACCAGCCCGGAACAUAUCCAUGCUUUCCAGGCCAUGUACUUCUUGUCUUCCUUCUUCAAUCAAUUCGGACCCAACAGUGUUACCUUCCUCGUCGCCGCCGAGGUCUUCCCUACUCCCAUCCGCGCCACAGCGCACGGUUUCUCUGCCGCUGUUGGAAAGCUUGGCGCUCUCCUCGCUGCUGUUCUCUACAACUACAUUGACACUCAAAUGAAAUUCUACGUCGUCCCCUGGUUCGGACUCGCUGGCGCCAUCCUCACCUGGCUCUUUUUGCCCGACACCACCGGCUUGGACCUCAAGGAGCAAGAGCGCCGCUGGGCUUUCAUCCGCGCGGGCCGCGAGGACGAAUACCACGGCAUCGCCAUCCACCCCAAGCAUCUCUCCGUGUGGGAGCGCUUCCGCGGCGUCGGCAAGAACUACGACGCAAAGCUCGACUACGAGGCCAAGAUCGCAGAGAUGCGGGCCGAGUGGGUGGCAGCCCAGGAGAGCAAGUUCAGCGAGAAGACCGAGGGCUUCGAGGAGGCUCCCGAGGGAUUCGAGCCCAGCGUGCACAACUUCUUCGCCCGCACACACAAGCACUCCAACAAGAACGCCAACGGCGCGAACGGCAGCGGAGGCGUCCUCGAGCCCAAGACCAUUCCGGAUGGCGAGGACGGAAGCAGCACGUCCGACAGCCACUCGAAGACUCUCAACGAGAAAUGAGAGAGAGAGUAACAUAUUCGCUACGCCGAUGAGAAUGGAGGAGUGUAGCAAAAGUUUCAGGUUUCUUUUUUAGCGAGCAAAGACUGGUUUUAUGAAA